GUUUCAAAUGCCAUCGCUUUUCUUUUCAGAGGGGCUGUUUGUGUCAUACACUAUAUAUACAAACUAUAACUACUACUAUUAUCUUUCAUCUGUGUGCAGCAAAAGAUCCAGCAAAAACAGAGGAGCUCAUUGUCCAACAGGCUCCUACAGCUCCGCUCAAACAGUGAGAGAAACUUGACUACAUUCUCCAUAUAGAUGUACAACAACACACCUUUAUGUAAUAGGGACAUAGUCAUAACUGCCUUGUGGAUAACUUCAGUGAGGAAAACGGCCGCAUUGACAGUCCGCUUGUGUCAUCUGGAUGAAAGGCGCCGUAAGCAGCAGCAUGGUGAAGGAGAAUAAAUGGGAUAUUCCUCCAAACGCGCCCGCGUGCAUGGAAAAACACCUGUGCGCGGCCCGGUACCGAUCAGAUGGAGCCUUACUGCUUGCCGCUUCCAGUCUCACAGGCAGAAAUUGGCAGGGCUCUGUUUGGCUCUACAGUAACCCAGAGCAGGCCCCCAACGAGGGCUUCUGUAAGGCAGGAGUGCAGACUGAAGCUGGGGUCACAGAUGUCAAGUGGCUGUCUGACAAAGACAUAGUUCUUGCAUCAGAUUCUGGUGCCUUGGAGCUGUGGGAGCUGACAGAGAACGAGUGUCUGCUGGUGAACAGAUGGACCAAAUAUGAGCAUGACAACAUUGUGACCAGUGUGAGCCCGAUGUGUGGAGCAAGUGGUGCUGUUACUGGUAGCAUGGACUACAGAGUUAAAGUCUGGGAUCUUAGUCAGGAGACUGUUGUUACUACCUAUCAUGCUCAUACAGACUCUGUGAAUUGUGUUGUCUGCAGUCCUACAGACGAUUCCCUGUUUGUGUCAUGUGGACAAGAUGGUCGUGUGUUGUUAUGGGACAAAAGAAAGUCAACUAAACCAGCCUCAAGAAUAGAUGUGCCAAGUCCCCUCUGCUCCCCAACUACUAUAGCCUGGAACCCACAUCACAGAAGCACUAUUGCAAUUGGUGAUGAACUGGGCAGAGUAACUAUAAAAGAUUUCCAGGGGGUGGAGCCAGCUCAGAUGCAGAAUGUCCACAGUCGCAGAGUGAAUGAACUUGCCUUCUCCACACAUAGCGCUGCUUUGCUGGCUUCAAUAAGCAAUGACUGUUCCGUAGCUGUGAUAAACUCUGAACUGAAAGAAAUAUAUCGAGACCGGAGACACCAGGACUUUGUCAAAGGUGUGAGUUGGCUCCAUGGAGGCUCUAACUCUCUGAGCACUGUCGGCUGGGACCAUGCAGUUCUGCACCACACUGUCACUUCUGAUACUAACUCUAACUCUUAGAUUCAAAAUACAUACUCCUAGGUAAUGUGGAAUUAGCUGCUAAAAACAGUGCAUUUUUGAGAUUUUAUUCACAGCUUUGAGUCUGGUCGUUUUUACUGAAGGAUUUCCAAAGCACACCUUGCCAAUGUCAAGUACUUAAAUACGGUUUCAAAAACUCUUGCCGUUAUGUCAUUAUGUGUUUUCAUUUUGGUCAGGCUGGUUGUUAUGGUUAAAUCUACAUUAAACGUACUGUAAUAAUAA